GUUCCCCUAAAAUACAUAUAGUUUUAUCGAGUAGUAUGUAAUGAGAAAAAAAUUUAAUUCUUGUUUAUUCGUAAAUUUAUCACCAAACAGAUUUUAUGAAAUAAUAGUUAUUUAUGUACCAAGUCGGCAAAGUGAUGCUUUAUCGAACGAGUUGAGUUUACGAGUCGAGCGAGCGAGGCGAGUAACAGGCGAGUUCGAUAAAGACACUUUGCUGACGUGUUGCAUACAACAUUUUAUCGCCAACCGCAAAAUUUUACGAUAUGAAGAUAUUCUAUUUAUCAAUAUUAUGACAUAUAUUAUUAUCGAAUAUAGCAAUAUGAGUUUCAACAGAAAGAAUGCUAUGCUUUGGAAACUUAAUGAAAUCAAUUACAUAAAGUACGUUUGUACAGUACUCCAUAAAACAACGGACUGUAAGGGAAUAUUUGGAAACAGUUUUAAUUUGUAAUACUAAAUCAAAAUUAUUUGAUAUUUAGGUCAUUCCGUCAUCAAACAAAUAGGUGUGAAGCGAAGGGCCGAAUUGUCAACAAAGGAACAAGAGUUCUUGACAAGGUUGACAAGGUUGACAAGGGCGCAGAGAAUUUUAAAGUACACCAGAGGACGUAUGCAACGUCCAAAACUGCUACACGUUGAUAUCCGUUUUCCGGGCACCAUAAGUAACAUAAAAAACAUUCAUUGUUUGCCAAAGGUGCUCCGAUUAUUUAUAACAACACUGCUGAAGAAUACAAACAAAUCUACCUACAAAAAAUCUUAUGUCUUCCAUCAGUAAGAACUUUGAGGAGGUGUCUCUCAUUUUUCUCUAUAAGCAGUGGUGUUAAUGAAAAACUAUUUAGUCACUUGAAGAAUAUUUCAAGUCAAAUGCCGCUGCGUCAACGUUACUGCACACUUAUAUUUGAUGAGAUGGACAUCGGGAAGAAUUUAAGAUUGAUUGCUACGGACAAUAGUUGGCAUGUUGAAGGAUUUGUGGAGACAGGGACAGAACGAGGUCAUAAACUUGCUGAUCAUGUUUUGGUGUUUAUGAUUCGUGGCGUUGCGAAAAUGUGGAAGCAACCAGUUGCUUUCUAUUUUACACAUGCAGCUGCGAACCAGUAUACAAUCAAAGCAUUGUACACUUUUUCAAGCAAGUUGUACGAGCAGUUCAUGAACUUACUGAAUUUCGCAUCGUAGCAUCUGUAUGCGACGGCGGCUCGUGGAACGUAGCCGCCUUGCGUAGCCUUUCGGUAGAAUGUGGCAGAGAGGGUAAUCACUUCGUAUACAGUAUUGAUGGCCACCAAAUUAUUCAUCUUUUUGAUAUCCCUCAUAUGCUGAAAAGCAUGAGGAAUAAUUUGAUGACCAAAAAUAUUGUAUUCGAAGGUAAAACAGUCAGGUGGAGCGACAUUCAUAGGCUGUACGAGUUAGAUGGGGAUAGUGGAGCAUUCAGAGCCACCAAGCUCACGAUUGCCCAUGUAAACCCUACUAACCGUCAGAAGAUGAAGGUAAAACUUGCCGCGCAAGUUUUCAGCCGGUCUACCGCUUCCCUCCUACACAUUCUAUCGAAGACAGGCGUUAUGGAUGCUGCGGGAAUAGCGAUAUUCGUUAAGUUCAUGGAUGACUUGUUUGAUUCAAUGAAUUCGGUGGUUACUAGCUCCACAAAGCCUUUAGCGUGCCAAUUAACUAGAACUUCCCAACAUCUCGCAUUUUGGGAUAGUGCUAGGAGGAAGUUGAAUCGUAUUAAAUUCUAUUCCGGUGGUAAGUGUGUAGGAAAUCCGCCAACGAUCAAGUUACUGUUAGCAACUAUAGGCAAUGUACGAUAUUUAUGGGAUUCUUUAAAGGAGAUGGGUUUUGAGCAUCUCUCUUUGAGAUCUUUAAAUCAGGACCCUUUAGAGAAUCUCUUUAGUGUUGCAAGAGGGUUAUGUGGUGGUAAUACGAAACCAUCAGCCUCUCAGUUUGUCGAUGCUUACAAGACAGUUAUUCUAAGUAAUACUGCUCGUUGUGACAUUGGGACGAAUUGUGAGGAUGAUGGUGGCGAUUUCCUUGUUUCAUAUCAAAUCCUGCUGGGCAACGAUCCAGGUAACACCACUUCCUCUGAUCCAUCUGACAAUCCAUCAACUACCUCCGCUCCUUCUCCUUAUGAUAGCACCACAAAAUUGUCAAGCAACAUUAAAAGUACCGUAUUGUUGUCUGAAGUUGACCUUAAUAAGUCAGCUUGUGUUGCAGAGUACUUGAUUAAAAAACUAUUAAAUUAUGAGUGUGAGUGUUGCGAUCAGUUCUUUCGUUCUGAUGGCAUAUCUGAUGUUCAUAAUUUAAUAGUUUUCUCGGAUAACGACACAGACGGUAAUUUGAAUAUGAAAUAUCCUUCGGCGACAUUCGUGAAUAUUAUCGCUGUUGCAAAAGAAAGAAUUUUUGUUAACAUUCCAAACAUAAUCCGCCAUCCCAAUAUUCUAUCUCACUUGUCAUAUUCUGAUUUUCCCCAAUCCUUUUGCACUAAACAUGGAACUGAGAUAAGUAAAAGAUUAUCAACGCAUUUAACUUUACUAUUACUCAAUCACUUUAUUAAACUUUGUAAUAACAAAUUACAUAAAACUGACCUUACACCUAACAAUGUAGUUGACUCUUUUUUAAAGGAUGCUGCUUGAAAGGUUUGAAGGUAGUCUUUAUGUAUUUUUUUUUUAAUAAAUUGGUUGAGUAAUACUAAGGAUAAUGCUUUGAAGAAGGCUUGGGACCAUGUUUAAUGCAAAAGACAUUAUGGAGUAAACAAAAUAUGAUAUGUGAGACAGAAUGUUGGAAUGAUGGAUUCUGUUUGACUUUUACGUACAAUUUUUUCUUUUACAAGAAAGAUAUUAUUCUAAUAGUUUAGGUUAAUUCACAGGCCGCAUGAACGUAAACUCACACGUUAUACAAAAAAGCCACCUAAAACAGAUAAUCAACAAUUGGGAGGCCCAAAGGUAGCCUCACACUGGGACGAACUUCCAGGUCACAGACAAGCGAAGAGAAUGAUAACUCCGUCGCAAAACUAAACCAAAAAGGUUUUAUGCCUCAGCAAGGGGGAUCUAAGGACGCCCUAAGGUUACCUGACCGGCCAUGUGCCCCUAAAAUACUACCUCUUCCACAUUGAACAAGCUGAGGAUCAAACUUGUC